CCGGAAAUUCUUUGGGCAUCUCUUCCUGGUUGACGUUAAAAGAAGGAAGACCGGUCGGUUGUGGUCGGUUGUUCUAGCAGAGGAAAUAUUAUGCAAAGUCAGUAGAACAGAGUUAGAAAAGCCGCGGAAUAAAGACAAAGAAGAUGGAUUGAAAACCGUUUCUAACCAAAAAUGUCUGAUAUGAACUCUACACAUACAACUGGAGAUUAAUAAACGCAAAUAGACAGGAAGACCCCACAAGAAGCCAUGGCAUCCUCCAAAGCAAAGGUCGGAGUCAACAGUGAGACCAAAGAAAGUAAAAGCAACGGCAGCAAUUCAGUUGGGGAAGCGUCUCCAAGUCAGCGGAUAUACUGCUUGGAUGAUUUGGAGACAAUUGCCACAGUUGGCACGGGAACUUUUGGCCGAGUCUUCCUAGUCAGAGAGAGGCAGAGCAGGGCCUUCUACGCCCUGAAGCAGAUGAAGAUCCCUGACGUGAUCCGACUGAAGCAGGAGGAGCAUGUCCACAAUGAGAAGGAGGUGCUGACAGAGGUCAACCACCCAUUCCUCAUCCGACUGUUCUGGACUCACCACGAUGAGAGUUUCCUUUACAUGUUGAUGGACUAUGUCCCAGGUGGCGAACUGUUCAGCUAUCUACGCAGUCGAGGGCGCUUUAGUAACACCACAGGCCUCUUCUAUACCUCUGAGAUUGUAUGCACCAUCGAGUACCUCCACUCCAAAGAAAUUGUCUACCGCGACCUGAAGCCUGAAAACAUCCUGCUGGACAGUGAAGGACAUAUCCGCCUGACUGACUUCGGCUUUGCCAAGAAGCUCACUGACAGGACCUGGACUCUGUGUGGCACUCCUGAGUACCUGGCCCCUGAAGUCAUCCAAAGCAAAGGUCACGGCCGAGCAGUAGACUGGUGGGCUCUAGGCAUCCUUAUCUUUGAAAUGCUGGCAGGGUACCCGCCGUUCUUUGAUGACAAUCCAUUUGGAAUCUACCAGAAGAUCCUGGCCGGAAAACUGGAAUUUCCACGGCAUCUAGAUUUCUAUGUCAAAGACCUCAUCAAGAAAUUUCUGGUCAUUGACCGAGCCAGACGGCUAGGCAACAUGAAGAAUGGAGCAGAUGACGUAAAGAAGCACCGCUGGUUUAAGACAGUUGACUGGGAGGCAGUUCCUCUGAGGAAACUGAAGCCUCCUAUAGUUCCUAAAGUUUCUCAUGAGGGUGACGCCUCCAACUUUGAUGUGUACCCAGAGGACAACUGGAAAAAAGACCUUCCUGUGCCUCAGAAGGACUUGGAGAUCUUCAAAAACUUCUGAUCACUCAACCUGGUUUAAUCUGGAGACACAACAUAUUGUAAAGUCACUGUUACAGGUACUAUCAUGGAGAAAAUGCAUAUUUAUCAAAGCAGGCCAUUCACAUUUUAUCCAUAGUAAUGGCCUCCCCAAAGACUAACUCCAAAUAACUGAUGCUGUGUAUGUAUCAUACCACAAAGAUAUGCUUUUGAUCUUUUUCUUUAUCUCACUAAAUUCAGUUUUUUUUUUUUUUUUGCUGUUAUUUUUUUCUCAGAACUUAGCUCAUAUACAAAAACGAAACUAGUUCCUUUGAAACCAAAAGACUGUUACUUUCUAGGCUUAAAAACUGAGAAUAAUGAGGUCUUUUUAUAUUGUUGUUUUAUAUUUUCUCUUUCACUGUAUAUGUACUUGAUGUUUAAUGUGACUCCAGUCAUGAGUUAGGCAUUUUACUGGAAAAUCCAUGACCAAUAACACUUGUAAAAAAGGUGCCUUCCAUGUUUUGCAUUUACUGUAUAUUAAGUUCAAUUGCAACAGUGCUUUUGUCAGCCAUCAGCACUCCUCCCAAUACUAAUUGAAAUUCAGUCACAGGACUGUCAUUAUGUGAGGUGCUGAGUGUGCAGUCAUGACUCCUACUGUAAAGUUCUCUUCUCGCAGCUCUGUUAUGUCUGUUGCAGCUUUAUUCACAGCCACAGGAUUUUGUCGUACAGUCCAGGCCGGUCCACGAAUGAGCUACCAACUUUCCCAAGACACUUUGUGCACAUUCCCCUCACUCACCAUCACCACGGUCAUUAUCAUCGUCAUGCUUUUAAAGCCAAGUCAUGUGAGGGUGCCUUGGAUGUGUGGUCCUCAAUAUCUAGCUUCUCAUUUUGUAGUGCUAUGCUACAGUUGAUUGAGUCAAUAUUGAUCUGUGCAAUUUGGUGCUAUACAAAUAAAAGUGAAUUGUUUUUCCGUCUAUCAGAUCACUGAUAUUUCGAGACAAACUUCAUGUUGAUCUCUUCCAUUUUGUUUUCUGCCAUUAAAAUCCAGGUGAUGGUUAUGACUUA